AUGUCUAACGAGUACAACUACGAUGCCGACGCCCAGUUCUAUCCCUACUUCGUCCUCAUCACCACCUCCCUCGUCACUCUCCCCUUAUCCUACUCUCUCCUCCGCGCGCCGACCGACCUUUCCUCGCCCAAACGAGGUCACAUCACCUCCUCUUUCAAGCCACAAGAUGCCGACAUUAUCGAUGCGCAGCGCGCAAAGCAGAAGCGUAAGGAGCUCCGCCGCAAGCGAAUGCUGGUCGUCGCUGUCGGUUGGCUUGUCAUGAUAUAUAUGGCCUACCUCAUGGCCACCACUGAGCGCACCGGUGCUCAACUAUGGGAUCCUUACUCCAUCUUGAACGUGCCGGUUGGUACUGCUGAGAAGGCAAUCAAUUCCCGCUACAGGAGACUGUCCACCACCAUGCAUCCAGAUAAGAGGCGUCCAGAUGCCGCGACCAACACGACCGUGGAGAGCAUCAACGAAGAGUGGGUGGAGAUCGUGAAAGCAUACAAAGCACUCACAGACGAGGAUACGCGGAGGAACUUCGAGCUGUAUGGACAUCCGGAUGGCAAGCAGAGCACAAGUUACGGAAUAGCACUCCCAAACAUCCUCAUUGCCGAGGGGAGUGGGAAGUACGUUCUGGCCUUCUACGCUGGAUUGCUCGGCAUUGUUUUGCCUUGGUUUGUAGGGUCAUGGUGGUACGGCAUGCGUAGCAACACUAGGGAACGCAUCUUGGUUACCAGUGCGGGCAACAUGUUCCGUGAAUUCAACGAGAGAAUGGAUGGAGGCGAUGUCCUAGCAGCUGUGAGCAGCGCAGACGAGUUCAAGGAGACGCUCCACGGCGCAAAAGCGGACAACGGCCUCGGCAAAAUCGAGAGCAGGCUUGACUCCUCGCCUGAAAGUAACGCUGUUCUCCUCGCAAAAGACAAGAAGAAGCUCAAGGAGCUCGAAGAUCCAGUGCGUCGGAAGACAAUUGCCCUGCUCUGGGCCUAUCUGACUAGAGUCGAUCUCGAAGACAAGACAUUGGAAGCGGAGAAAUACGAACUUGCCCCUACCGCACUGCAGAUGAAUGAGGCCUUCAUCCCUACGUGCCUGGCGUACGCCUUCACUAAGCCUGUCAUGUCUUCGUACGAAUUGAGCCAGAGCCUUGUUCAAGCUAUGCCGCCCUCCUCGGUCGGUCGCACGCCUCUUCUCCAACUGCCGCACUUCACUCCGAGCAUCAUCCGCGAAAUCGAGCUGGCUACAAAUACCCAGAAAGACCACAUGAGCAUUCAAUCAUUCAUGUCUCUCCCGGCCGAGCAGCGCCAAGCUCUCGCUCAAGCUGCAGGUCUUACAAAUGACCGUCUAAAAGUUGCAGAAGCUGUUGCUCAGCAGCUGCCUCUCCUAAAGGUCGAGAAGGCUUUCUUCAAAGUGCAAGGAGAGAAAUACUUACUCCCAUCUUCUCUCGUCCAGUAUGUCAUCAAGGCGCGGUUUAUACCUCCUGGAACAACACAUGUCCCGCCAGUCGACGAGAAGGACCUUGUCGACAUUGAUCCCGCUGAAGGGGAUAUCCAGGCGCAGAAAGUCGAGCCCGAGCAGCAUCCCAUUGCGCUCGCACAUGCACCAUACUUUGCUCGUGACCGGUCACCCAAGUGGCACGUUUUCCUCAGCGACAAUCGACAAGGCAAGAUUGCCGUACCCCCAUUCACCUUCUCGACAUUCGACAAGAAGCCGUUUGACAGCGAUGGCAAACCAACUUUCAAUGUUGUUACUUUGAAGAUGCAAUUCGCCGCGCCACCGCAACCAGGUGAAUACAAGUUUCAAAUGAAUUUGGUUUCGGACAGCUAUGUUGGAUUCGACUAUAAGCAGGAUGCUGUCAUGGUUAUUAAUGAAGCCAGUAAGGCUAAUGAAGUGGACGAUGAGGAUGAGAUUUCGGAGCCUGAAGAGGGUAAGCUGCACGCCCAUGCACCUGUUCGAGAUCAAAAGCUAACACGGCAGCAGAUUCGAUCGCCGGUCAAAUGGCCGCCCUCAAGGGGCAAACCACUGCUGAUCCCAACAAGCCUCGCAAGACGAGGAAGAAGAUCGAAGAGCCUGAGGAGAGUGACUAUGAGAGCGGCACGGAUGAAGACGAAGAGGAAGAGAGUGAAACGGACACGGACACAGAUUCUGAAGCUGAGGAUGAGAAGCCAAAGAAGGGCUGGUGGUAG